AUGGAAUUAGGAAAAUCUAUUCCUGGGAGUAAUUCAAAGGCAUUGAAAUCUGCUAUUAGGCCAACAUAUAAUAACGAUAAAGAAAACCAGCCUUCUUCAUCUCAUAGCCGGAGUAAAAAGUCAGUAUCAAUCAACAUAUCAAGUGAAACAAACAUUCAUCAUAAAUCUCAUUCACUAAGCAGCAUAAUACAAACUCCGAUUAUUUAUGCUCCUGGGAUGCUUCCACAUACACAUAUUAAUUUAAAUGCUAAUACAAAGCAGAAAGUUGUGCAGUCUGGAAGCAGCCUGAUUUCUAAUCUCGACAUUAUAUUAAGAUUAUAAAAUAAAAAAAAUAAAUUUUAUAUUCCAUUAAAUAUUCUAUUUCAUUAUUUAGAUCAAUAAAUUGUCUGAAGAAGUAAAAAACUUGUUAUGGUUCCCCCACCAAAUUUAAUUUCAUGGAAAAAUCAAUCAAUAUCGACUGUUUUGGAAGAAAAAACAAAUAUUGAUAAGCAUCUUAAAUCUUUUUGUGAUCGAAGUUUUCUCUCAAAAGAAAGAUUAAACUUAAAUAAAGCCUUGUUUCAAGUAUUAAACUUAAAAUUUCUUUACUUAGAGUAUUUAGUGUGUCGUCGGAUCUGAAAGAUGAUUACAAAAGCCAUAUGGGGUCCCCGAAUGGCAGCUAAAUUAGUGACAUCACCGGCAUUUCCUACGCGACCUUUUCAUUGGGUCGAAAACCAUCCUGAGCAAGUGGUGACUAGUUUGCCUCUUGAUCUCAUAGGCAGCAUUGAAUCGUCUUUCUCCAACUUUAGUCUAGAGUGCUUUCCACCUAAGGUUCUCCUUCCUUUGGAGUGUCAAGCAGCAAAAAUCUACUCCAGGAUCAGAGCCAUCACCUUAUCCUAUGAGUCUCCAUAGAUAUUGUGGAUAAAAGGUUCAUCGGUAAAACUAAACCCCAUAAAUAAAAUUCCAAGAAGAAUAAGAAGAGAAAAUUAGUGAAGCAACUUCGCUCACACCAAAUACCAUUUAAUCUAAAUUUUGCUUCAAGUCAGAAACUCAUCAAGACUUUCCACUAAUAAAUAA